AUGGAGUCCUCCACUAUCCCGGUUAUAUCCCGGUAUCAAGACAUGGUCGUGCAAUUUUUAACAGCGGGAAAUGUGAGUGCUUCUGAAAACUAUCGUCGAAUGCAAAAUGUGUAUGGCAUGAAGUGUAUGAAACGCAGAUCGGUAUUCCGAUGGCUUAGGGAUUUUCGUAGUGCAAGAAGCAGUACUGACGACACGCCACGACCUGAUCAAGCGCAUGUGGUGAAGCAGGUUGCAGAUAUGGACCGUCUCGUGAAAAUGAAUCGGCGAAUCACCACUCGAGAAAUAGCGAAGAAAAUGUCUAUGAGCAUAAGAAGUAUGCACACAGUACUGCGUAAAAGGUUGCGAUACCACAAGGUUUGUGCGCAAUGGGUGCCAAAACAUUUGACAGAGGAGCAGGAGAUUCAUCACAUAUCUGCUUCCAUGAAAUUCCUUAUGCGGUGGUAUCUGCUUACAUUCCUGUGUGAUCCCAUUGUUCACAACAGUUGUGAUCCACCUGGAAGAUUUGUUAUUCGUUGUAGG